UGGGGGAAGCAAUAAACACAAAUCUACAAAACGCAUUAUUUCCAAGUUUUUAGCAUUUAAAGAUGUAUUCCUUAAUUAUGAAAAAAAAUUGAAAAAGUAUAAUCAUAAUGCACAUACGUCAAUAUCCAGAUAUUAAGAUGUGAAAUAGUAUUUUAGAAAGCAUGGCAGAAAAUAUUAAAAAUGAAUUUAUUGUGGAAGUGGAACAGAUCGAAGAAAAAGUGUUUAUCAAAGAAGAAAUAAAGCUGGAGGUUAAUGCUGAAAUCAAAGAUGAAAUAGUUGAAAAUACGAGUCAAGAAAUGAAGUUUGAAAUUCUACCAUGUUGUACUGUAGAAGAUACGUGUACAGUUUAUGUACAGGUCGAAGAUAUGAAAAUGGAAAGAACAGAAAUGAAAAAUGAUAUUGAUAAUGACGAAGAAGAUCCUCUCUUCCCCGAACCAAAGAGACCGAAGAAGCAAGCAGGACGUAGAUAUGCUUGUCUGGAGUGUAAUCAUGUGACCACUGAUGCAACUAAUCUUAAAAGACAUAUUGAAUCCAAACAUGAAGGCGUGGGAUAUCUUUGUAAUCAGUGUGAUUUUGUUACCACUGCAAGUAGGAAUCUUAGAAGACACAUUGAAUCUAAGCAUGAAGGCGUGGAAUAUCCCUGUAAUCAAUGUGAUUAUGUGACCACUGCAAGUAGGAAUCUGAAACGUCAUAUUGAAUGUAAUCAUGAAGGACUGAGACAUACCUGUGAUCAGUGUGAUUUCUCUGCAACUAGAAAGGGGGAUCUAAAAGUUCAUGUUGAACGUAUUCAUGAAGGAGUAAGAUAUCCCUGUGAUCAAUGUGAAUAUGUUGCCACUACAAGAAGGAAUCUGAAAACCCAUAUUGAAUGUAAGCAUGAACAAGCAAGAUUUCCGUGUGGUCAGUGUGAAUUCUCUGCAACUAGAAAAGGGAAUCUGAAAUCUCAUGUUGAACGUAAGCAUGAAGAAGUUCGACAGCCUUGUGGUAUCUGUGAAUAUUUGCAACUACAGGAAGUAAUCUGAAAGCUCAUAUCCGAUUUGAGCAUAAAGGAGUAAGAUAUCCCUGCAAUCAGUGUGAUUUUGCUGCGCCUAACGUGAGUACUCUGAAGAUUCAUAUUGAAAUCAAGCAUAAAAGAGUGAGAUAUCCCUGUGAAUUAUGCCAUGUUGCUGUCGCUACAGCUAGCAGUUUAAAGCAACACAUAGCAAAGCAGCAUUCUGGUUUAAGAUAUCCCUGUGAUCAGUGUAAAUAUUCUUCAAAUACUGAAUUUGAACUGAAAUGGCAUAUUAAAGAUAAACACCAGUAAACAAACUGUCAACCAUCAUUCCGCAGGUAUAAUGGCCGGGUUAUCUGUAUAAAGUAUUUAUGAAUAUUAUAUAAUGUACAAUGUAACUAUUUACCAGAAUAAUAUGAAUUUAUUGAUAACUUUAAAGUCACCUUUGACCCGUAGCAAUGGUUUGCGGCAUUUAACAUAGGUAUUAGGUAACCUGUUUUAGCUAUAUUUGUAAGACGCAAAAUCACAUUAUAGCUCUAGUCCUGUCAUUCCAAAGUGUGGUCUGCUAAUUUUGUGCUUUUAUAAUAUUUGUUUCAUUAAAAAAUAUUGCUAAAAUCAAGUUGAAUGCCGCAAGCUUUUUUAAGGGAAAGACGACUUUAAAGUUAUCAACCAAAUUAUAUUAUUCCGCGUUAUUUAGAACAUCACUGUAUAAUGCUUCAACUAGGUAUAAAUUAUCUAAAUUGAUAAAAUGAGAAAACAUAAUUAACGGAUAUAUAGAUUUAGCAAACCUCAUGUUGUUUUUUAAAUUUUAUAUCCCUUCAUUGGGAAUAAGAAAUAAAACAAUUAUUGUCUAUUGGAAAAUGUUGUGUCUAGAAAAUCAUCAGUGCCUUGUUAUAUGUUAUUUUUAUUUUUAAAUAUUAUUUCCUCCCAAAUUU